AGCGAGAUGUGCUCGGCCUCCCACUUCGCUCUCAUCACGGCCUACGAUGACAUCAAGAACCGGCUGACCGGGCUGGAGCGGGAAAACGCCUGCCUCAAGCGGAAGUUGAAGAUGUAUGAGAUCAAGUUCCCACUGAUCAGCGAGUUUGGAGAUGAGCGCAUCUUCUCGGUCUAUGACUCGAAGGAGACCUCCCUUCUGAAGAGUGAGAAGGCCAAUCUCCAGCAGCAGCUGAAUCAAUUCCAGCGGGAGCUGCAGAAAAGCAAGGAGAGAGAAGAGCAGCUGGCAGAGAUGAUCCAAGCCUAUGAGAAGCUGUGCGUGGAGAAAACUGACCUUGAGUCUGAGCUGGGACAGAUGAGAGCUCUGGUUGAGACACAUCUGAAUCGCAUCCAUAGCCUGGAGCAGCAGCUGAGGCAGAGAGACAGCAACGCAUUCCAGAGCAUGAGCUCUCCGCUGCAAACCCAGGAAGUGCAGUACCUCUCACUCCAUGGUGGCCACGUCUUGGAUCGCUCCAUGAACUGGCAGAACCCCAGAGGCUUAGAACAGCCAGAGGGCCUGGAGGUGCACAGACUGGAAGCAGAACUGGAAGAUACACGGCAGGAAGUGCAGAAUUCACAGCACCGGGAGGAGCAGUUGAAAGCGGAGUGCGAGAGGCUGCAGGCGGAAGUCAAGCAGUUGCAUGAGACUCGGGCUCAGGAUCUCGCAACGAGUCAGUCGGAGAGAGACAUGGCCUGGGUAAAGAAAGUUGGAGAUGACCAAUAUCUGGGAACAAGAUUCUUAGAUUCAGAUUCUUACUUAACACCUAUUAGGUGUGGUUUUUCAAAAGAAUGUGUUGAAAUGGCUAUUGCUUCAGUAACUGUUAUUCCCCACCUUAAAUACAACAGCUCUUAUGAAUGUGUUGGCAAGACAACUGUGGCAUACAGAGAAACACUGCAUGAGAAAUUUCCAAUAAUCUUCAAAGAAAUGCUUUCACUAUCCCCUAACCCAGUGGUGUUCAAAUGUCCAAACCUGGGACCUGCUGAACAAGAAUUUGUGGAGAUACAUGUGUAUGAGAAGAAGUCCUAUGAGAUCAUGCUACAUCACUGGAGCCAUUGUUAUUAUGACAUCACGGGAAUCAAGACCAACAAACCAAGAGAGCUGGAAAAGGAAAGAGAAGCCAUAGAUGAAUUAUAG